AUGAAUGAGUUUCUGAGCAGGGCCUUCUCUACGGUGGAGGUGGAGGAAGCUUUGAAACAAAUGGCUCCCCUUAAAGCCCCGGGACCAGAUGGGUUUGGACCAUCCUUAAUCCCCAAGGGUAAAGAACCAAAGAAAGUUAAUGAGUAUAGACCUAUAAGUCUAUGCAACGUUUUGUACAAAAUAGUGUCCAAAGCCAUCUCAAACAGACUCAAAAAGAUCCUGGCCAGCAUCAUAUCCCCAACACAAAGUGCCUUUUUGCCUAGUAGACUGAUCUCUGACAAUAUAAUGGUGGCUUUUGAAUUGCUCCAUUCCAUGAAAACUAGGAAAAGGGGAAAGGUGGGAAGCAUGGCUAUAAAACUAGAUAUGUCCAAGGCCUACGAUCGUGUGGAGUGGGAUUUUUUGGAAGUAGUGAUGAAAAAACUGGGGUUCAAUGAGAAAUGGGUGAAGCUAAUCAUGAAAUGUGUGAAGUCUGUCUCAUAUUCUGUCCUGGUUAAUGGGAUCCCAGGGAAGAAGUUCUGGCCUAAGAGGGGUUUGAGACAGGGUGACCCCUUGUCGCCUUACCUAUUCAUAAUGUGUGCUGAAGGUUUGAGUUCUUUGUUGAAUUUCUAUGAAGCUCAAAAGUUUACAAGAGGAGUACAAGUGGCAAAGGGAGGAACUAGCAUUAAUCAUCUGCUUUUUGCAGAUGACUGUAUCCUCUUUGGUAAGGCCAAAAUAGAAGAAUGGAAUAGGAUUCAAGAGGUGCUUAGUACCUAUGAGAAGGCUUCAGGGCAGUUUCUGAACAAGGAGAAGACCUCAGUCUUUUUCAGCAGUAAUACAAGGGAAGGUGAUAGGGGAUUGAUUAUGGAGGCUAGUAACUCAAUAGCCUGUGGCAAUUACGAGAGGUACCUAAGUCUUCCUGCCUUUGUUGGAAGAUCCAAGUUCAAUUCUUUUAGAAGUCUGAAGGGGAGAAUAUGGCAGAAAAUCACAAGCUGGAAAAACACCUUCUUAUCACAAGCUGGUAAAGAGAUUAUGAUCAAGGUCGUGCUACAAGCCAUACCAACCUACACAAUGUCUGUUUUUAAGCUUCCCAAGAGGCUGUGUCAAGAGAUAAAUGGGCUUUAUUCGAGAUUUUGGUGGGGUAAACAGCAGGAAGGAAAGGGCAUUAUAUGGAAAAAAUGGGAGAAAAUGGGUACACAUAAAGGGCAGGGGGGUUUAGGCUUUAGGGACUUGGAAAGCUUUAACAUGGCUCUCUUAGCAAAACAGGGUUGGAGAUUGCUCAAAGGUUCUAAGUCCGUGGCUGCCAUUAUUUUUAAAGAGAAGUAUUAUAGGCAUUCAGACUUCUUAGAAGCAAAAUUGAGUUCUUUGCCCUCUCUGAUAUGGGAGAGUAUUUUAUCUGCAAGGGAGCUAGUAAAGGAUGGGUUAAGAUGGAGAGUAGGAGAUGGAAGCAAGAUCAAAAUAUGGGGUUCAAAAUGGCUGUCUUCUCCUUCUUCUUUUUCAGUACAAUCACCUGUCUCUAUUCUGCAAGAAGAUGCCAAAGUGGAACAGCUCAUUGAUAAGCAGAAGGGGGAGUGGAUUGAAGAAAGGAUCCGAGCUAUUUUCUCAGAAGAUGAGGUGAUUAAGAUCCUAAGUAUUCCUCUAAGUAGAAACCAGGCCCAAGAUAAGCUGUUUUGGCGGCCAUCCAAGAAGGAAACUGAAACCAUUAUGCAUGCAUUAUGGGUUUGUCCAGCAGCCAAUGACAUAUGGGCUGUGGCAGAAGGAUAUGUGCAGAAAUGGGGACAAAUAGAGGAGGAAUUCAUGGUGUUUUGGGAAAAGAUAAUGGAUAAGCUGAGCAUGAAGAAGAUAGAAGAAAUGGCUGUGUUGCUCAGAAGGGUUUGGCUUCGCAGGAAUGAUUUUGUUUUUGAAAAAAAGCUAGGAUGUCCCAAGACAUUGGUGAAGACAACUAUAGAAAGCUUACUUGACUACAACACAGCUCAGUCGCUUACAAAACCAGUGGCUAAAGGGCAGAGCAGCAGUGUGAGAAGAGGCAUGAGAUGGGAGAAACCAGAGGAUGGGUGGGUAAAGGUGAACUGGGAUGCUUCACUAAACUUGAAAGAGAGAAGGAUGGGGGCAGGGAUUAUAAUUAGAGAUGAGCAGGGUGAAGCUUUAGUUGCUGUUUGUGAUCAAAAGGCCAAUGUUGAUAGCCCAGUGGUUGCAGAAUGUUUUGUUUUGAGGAUGGCAGUAGAGCUGUGCAGUGAACUGAACAUACACAAGGCUAUUUUCGAAGGAGAUGCAAGAGUUGUCAUAGAAGCUGUGCAGAAUAUUGAAGAGGAACAUUCAGGUUUUAGUUCUUUAAUUCAUGAUGUAAAGUUUUUCUUUCAAAAUAGACCACACUGGAAAAUUCAAUUUGCAUAUAGAGAAAAAAACACAGUUGCCCAUACCUUAGCAAAGUCAGCUUUAGAUUUGUUAGAAAGGACAGUUUGGAUAGAAGAUGUACCAGAUUUUGUUAGAAAUCGUCUGCCAGCAACAAUAUUUGGAAAUGAUAUUGAUUCAAGAGAAGACACUUUACAUAUCUUUCAAUCUUACUAUAUUAUUAAUGCAUAUGUCAAGCCAUUGGAUCUUAAAUAUAGAAUGGACUCACAUCAAUAUCAAUGGGUUAUAAACACAAAAACAAUCAUUGAAGAAAUACCAGAAACUGAAAAACAGGUUGAAAUGCCAAAGUACAAUCUGAUUCCCAUUGAUGAGUUAGAUGCUUAUAAAGAUUCAAUUGCAGAAAUAAGAAUAUCUCUUUCAUCUCGACCAACAAGUGCAUUUACAAUCAAUCCUAUUAUUCCUGAGGCAAAACCGCUACAAAGAUGUUGUCGAGCAUAUGUUGAAGUUGACGAUGGGACAGAAAAAUUAGCAGCUGUUGUGUUUAGUGAACUUGCAGAAGAAGCAUUAGGUCAUUCAGCCAUCGAUUUCAUGAAUCCUAUUGAAGAGUGCGAAUAUGAUGGAGUUGCUUAUAGGAGUAUUUUUGGGAAGCGCGUUCUUCAUUCUUGUGUGGAAAUGGAUGAUGGUAUGAUUUUCUCAAGUAUAAUCGGAGUUGUUUAUGGUAUCCUGCUUGGUGCUGAGGUUUGA